UGUCAGCCAGGCCGGGCGGAGUCGCAGUGCCACCAUCGUUACUGCUUAUUUAAUGAAGAGAUACCAGCUGGGUUUCACUGAGGCUUACCACAGACUGAAGGGUGUCAAACAGGAUGUGCAUGCUCUUCUACAAUUGGAGUUGCAGCAUGUUCCCAGGGAGCUGUUUGCCGUUGACCCCGCCCACUCCAGCUCUUCGGAAGUGUCCUAUCGCUGCAGAAAGUGCAGACGGACUCUGUUCCGUGAAUCCAGUAUCCUCAGUCACCCAGUAGGAGAAGGAGCGCCAGCCUUUGGUCACAAGAAGUCAAGUAACCUCACUGGAGAUGUCCAGUGUACGUCUUACUUCAUUGAACCAGUGCAGUGGAUGGAACAAGCUCUACUUGGAGUGAUGGAUGGACAGGUAAU